AACAUCUGUUAUUUAAAGUGGCACAAUGUAGUCGUAGUCCUUGCCAGCGUUAUCGUCGUCGUCACAUGCCAGCACAUUGAAUGGAAAGAAAACGCAGACUAGAGGAAUUUUAAUUGGUUAUUGGCUGUAUACGCAGCACGCCUACAACUGCGCAUGCUCCAGCACCCAGUACCCUACGCGUUCGAGGCCGACACAUACCAGCAGCAAAGUAUCAAGAGCACCACCAGUCGCAGCCGCAGCAACAGCAGCCGCAGCAACAGCAGCCGCAGUAGCAGCAGGUGACAGUCACUGCGACAGCAACUCAAGGCUAAUAAAAUCAACGUGUUUACCUUGGACAUGGCUGCGGUGGCGCACGGUUGCAGCAGUCCGCGUCAGCGUUCCUGCAAUGGCAGCAGCUCACCUGGCGGCCAUCACAGCUCCACACCCGCCAUGUACACGACCAUGCCGAAGUAUGCGCGGACCGCCAGUCAAACGCUCUAUGCCACAGGUCAGCAGCUGUUUGGCAGCGGCACUGGCGGUCUAUCCAGCAUGGAUGCGCCGUAUAACGGACAUGGCACACUCUACAUGUCUCAGCGGCCGCUGUCCGCCUCGGCUCUGCCCGAAACGGCAGCAGGCUGUCGCAAUUACUGGAGCCAGAGCCAGCCGCAUCCAAGCCACAGCGCCUUCUAUCAUGGCCGGCACUACAACUACAACAAGCGCAAGUCUGCAGUAGAGCUGCUGGCCGAGUCGAAGCCCUUCUACAUCAAGUCGGACGCAGUGUUUGAGCGACUGCAGCAGUCAAGUUAUCGCAAUGGCAGCGGCACGAACAGCAAGCGUAAUCGUCGCCCUGAAGAGUCGCACUACAAUGCAGCGGCCAGCUAUGAGGAGUUGGAAGACAGGCGCUACAUGAGUCUCACCAGACAGCAGCAGUCGCAGCUGCAACAGCAAUAUCUACAUCAGCAGCAGCAGCAUGCGCAGCAUCAUCAUGGCCAUCGACAUAGUCAAGGUCAACAGUCGUUGGCACGCUCUGGCGGCAGCGUUAAUAACAAUCUGUUGCAGCACAAGCUGCGCAUGCUGUUGGGGGCCGAGGCCAGCAAAGAACGCGGCAGCAGCGCCACCUUGCGGCGACACGAGGACAACAGCGAGCUGUUGAACACGGAGUUUGACGAGCAGGAGUCCAGCGGCAUAAGGCUGCCACCGCCGCUUUAUAGAGCCUCCUAUAGAGACUCAUCCUAUGGUGGCUAUCCCAGUGAGCCCAAUAGCGGCGGUGAGGAGCCACUGGUGCUAACAGAGAACUACAGGCCCAUUAGCCCGCCGGCGGAGUAUGCAGCCAAGUCCAGUCAGACGCACAAUGAGCGCUAUAGAUACAACUACCAGCGUUCCUAUUCGCACUCGCAUGAGGUAGCCCAUGGGGAUGAACGCACGCCUUACACUGGCGGCGAGUACAACAUCAAUAGCCACAAGUCUUUGCCGGAUCUGCACACGCAGAUCAGUCGCCACUCGCCGCACAGCGAGAUCUUGAGCUGCUGCAGUCGCGGCAAUCGCUCCAUCAAGUCUGCCGGCGAGUCCUCCAUAAAUCGUGACUCCGGCGGCAGCUCCGGACACUAUACGCAUCGCAGCGAGCCCUGCUAUAAACGGCAGCGUGAGUCCACUGCCGGCACUGCCAGCGGCACCAUCAAGAACUGCUGCAAUCUGGUGGCCAGCACGCGACGUGACAGUGGCUCCUCCACGCAGCACAGCGCCAACUCUUACUGUGGCUAUGUCACACCAGCUGGAGAGUACGGCUCACUGCAUGCUCGCAAUACGGACUGCAUUGAUUGCCGCUGCAAACAGGAUACGGGCGGUGUGCCUGCGCCGCUUAACUUGUCCGCCUAUGACAACGCCGCUGCUUCCGACUACUUGCUCAACUUUACGCCCACGCCAGAGGUGCCUGAGGCUUUUCAGGACGACUAUACGCCCACGCCACCUUCGCCGCGUCUCAAGUCUUCGCAAACGCCGCGAUACUCAAGCAGCUCCAGCCAACAGCUGCAUACCAGCUCCCAGGGCUACACCAGCAUUAACCACUCGCAAAGCUCGCUGGUGCAGAGCCCGGGCUCGGCGCCCUCUGUGGAUGACAUAAGUCCGCCGCCCAUACAGUUCAAGCGGCAGCGCUGCAUACGCUUCAAGAACCGUAACCGCUUGCCCGUGCAGCCUCGCACCUCGCCCAUAAGCACUAGCGUCGACUGUGGCGGCGGCAGCGCUGGCUCGGCUGGAGGCUACAAGCGUAAUAUGGAGCACGAGAAUGUAUUCUUUCCCAAAGGUUUCUCUGCUGAUGGCUAUGCGCAGUCACAUAGCCUGGAUAUGGAGCGUGAGGCAUUGAAUGCCAGCAUCUCGGAGCUGGAGAAGUUCUUUGAUCGUUUGGGCCUGAACGAUGAGACGUUCCACGAGAUUUUCAGUCAGCCGCGUCGGCAUCAUAAUAACGAAACCGAUUCAGAUGACUCGAGCACCGUGUUCUUCUCGGAUGUCAGCACCGUAGACUCAAUGCGACUGCCGGAUAGCACGGAGACGCAGCCGCAGACUACGCAACCGUAUCGGCCUUCGGAGCCGCCUUCAAUUGUGGAGCGCAAUGCGCGGAUUAUUAAAUGGCUGUGCAAUUGCAAGAAGAUGCAGUGCGCCUGAGGAUGACAAUGUUCUAGUUGUAGUUGUAGUGGGCACUAGUGGCCAGCAUAAACUUUGAUAUUGUUCUUUACAUGAGUAUUUUUGUCUCUUGCCCGUAACCACCAAAGUACCCCACAUCCCACAUUUCCCCCAAAAUAAUCAAACAAAGAAACUCAAUGUCAAAACUCAAGCUCUAAGUCAAAGUCAAGUACAAGUUCAAGUUCGAUUUAGUGUUUUUGAAAUGUAAUAGCGUCACCUACCUGUACAACAUACAAGAAGUACUUUUGUCCUUGCUUAGGUAACGUAACGUACAUAUGAAUGUAUAUCCUGCUAUUUAGCAGCGCCAAUUAAUUAAUUGUACUUAUUACUAAUGCAUAUACUAGCAAAUGAAUGAUCAUAUUUCAAGGUAUACACAUACAAUGGUAUUA